UUUCUCUUUUCCCCCUCUCCCCGCCUCUUCCGCGCUCCCCUUCUUUGUCCAUAGCAUGACUGGACCAUUGCCUGAUCCGGCCCCGCCGCUAGCCGCCGGCCCCGCAGCUGGCGCCGCCCCUGAGGAGUUUGACGUUGUGAUUAUCGGCGCCGGCCUCAGUGGCCUCUCUGCCGCCCGUCGGCUUCAGUCCCGCGGUCUCUCGGUCGCGGUGCUCGAGGCGCAGGACCGCGUCGGCGGCCGGCUUCUCACCAACGCCCCGAUCGAUUUGGCCGAUGGCACCCAGUCGAGGCCGAUCGACUCCGGCGGCGCAUAUGUCGGCCCCCGCCAGCGCCGUGUCCUCGGCCUGGCCAAUGAGCUGGACGUGACGACGUACAAAAUCUACGACCAGGGCAAUGGGCUUCUGCGUAUGAAUGGCCAGGUUACCAUCUCCGAGGACCCCCUGCCGCACAGUGCCAUUGCCCGGCUGGACCUCAACGACUUGAUCCUCAAGACCGACAGCCUGAUUGAGCAGCUGGAGGACAACUUCUGGGAAGGUGCUCUUGCCAGCAAGCUCGACUCGAUGAGCGCCGAGGCAUGGAUCACCACGACCGGCUGGACCCCCGAGGCCCGCGAGUAUUACCGUGUCCUCAUUCGGUCGAUCACUUGUGUCGAGCCGCCCGAGGUCUCCUUCCUCCACUGGCUGGCUGGCAUCCGGUCGGCCGGCGGCAUGCGCCGGACUCUGGCCGGCGAUGGCGGCGCACAGGAGCGCAAGAUCAUCGGUGGUGCGGCCCAGCUGGCGCACCGCCUGGCCGAGGACGUCCUCAUGCCGGGCACCGUGCGUAUGCUGCACCGGGUGAUCAGCGUGCACUAUGCCCAUCCCGAUUUGCCGUCCGCCGCCUCGGCCAGCGGCAGUCUCAAUGUCGAGCGUCCGGAGGACGGCGCUCGCAUUGCCUGCGAGAAUGGCGCCAUCUUCCUGGCGAAGCGCGUUAUCAUGGCCCUGCCGCCCACGCUCUACCCGACCAUCGAGUUCUGCCCGCCGCUUCCGGCGCCCAAGAUGCAUCUGGCUCAGCGCAUGCCGAUGGGCUGUGUCAUCAAGACCAUGACCUUCUUCAAGCGCCCGUACUGGCGUGAGAAGGGUCUCUCCGGAACCAUCAUCGACGACCAGGGCCCGCUGGCCUUGACUUACGACGAUUGCCAGCCGGAUGGCUCCUGCCCCGCGCUGGUGGGCUUCAUCGUGGCUGGGCGUGCUCUCAUCGAGAGCAGUUCCCUCCUGCUGCCGGAAUGCCCGGCAUCACAGGCGGCCGCCGAAGAACAGCGCCGAAAACUGGUCGAGGCCCAGUAUCGCUCGAUCCUGGGCGAGGACAUAGAAAUCACGGGGUAUAUAGAAAAAGAUUGGUCCUCCGACCGGUUUUCCGGCGGCUGCUACAGCGGCGUCUUCAUCCCCGGCACGGCCACCCUCCUUGCCGGCAUUCUGGCCACCCCCCAUGGGCCGAUCCAUUUUGCCGGCACCGAAACCUGCGACGUGUGGUUCGGCUACAUGGAGGGUGCCAUCCAGGCGGGCGAGCGCGAGGCCUGCCAGGUGGCCCUGUCACUUGGCCUGCCCUCGUUGCCCAUCUCCACCUACCCAUCGAUGUCGCAGUUGAACAGCCCCCUGUCCAGUCGGUCCCCCUCGUCGAUGUACCUGUCGACGGCCGCUCAGUCGGACUGCCAGUCGUCGCCCUCCUCCUCGUCCGCCAGCGACAGUGAGACGUCCUCGCCGCUGGGCUUCGACCCGAAGGCCGGCGCCCCGUUGUCGGACAAGCUGGCCGGCACGGUCCCCGGAAGCCCGGUGCUUCCGAGCGCCAGCCCGUCGCUCUUUUCCCUGGCCGAGUCGGAUGCCUCGUCCCCCUCGGACGAGGAGGGCUAUGAGCCUCAGCAGUGGGCCGACCCGGAGUAUGUGAAUUGGGCUGCCAAGGCCGAGCAUAUUCCCCUCUGGCCGUACCCCAAGAUCCAGUACUGGCUGCCGAGUGUGUCUACCCUUGCCAAGAUGACGGUUGGCGCGUCGGUGGUGGCCCUGGCCGCCUCGGCCGUCGCUGCUGGCGUCAUCCUGCGCAGCCGUCUCAACUGAUUGAACUUGGACCCUUGCGCCCUCCUUCUCCCCUCCGCGUCUGUGGCACUGCCCUCCCACCACCACCACCACCUCCUCCUCCUCCUCUUCCUCUCCCUUGCCACUGGCCGAUGUUGGCGCAUGUGUAGAUAUGCGUCAAUGUCGGUGGCAGGCGGGGUCGGUGAGUGCGUGUGCGUGUGCGGGUACGUGAGCCGGGGGCCGCCCUUGGCCAAUGACUCGGUCCGGGCGCAUGCCAUCCUCCCCCCACCAGAUGGCAUGUGCCCAGCCCGCCGAGUGUCAUUGGCGCCGGCCAGCCCGCGAGGCAGAGAGGGCGCCGACCGGCCAGCCAGCCAGCCGGGGCAGGGACGGAGCAUGCCCGCGUGACUGCAUGUAUGUGUUGUCGUGCGCGCGCGCGUGUUUCUCCAUGCCACUGCGCACAUGCUCCACUUGCCAAUGCUGUCCCUCUCCGCCGGUCGUGGCAGCUUUCGUGUUCCUUCUGGCCUUUUUGCUGCCAGGGGGGUGUACGGUGCGUGCUUGUCCUGCUGCGAAGAUCUCCUCCUCGCUGCGCGCCCUCCCCGCAGCGGGGCGGUCCUGCGCCCGGGGUGGCGGGCGGCCCUUCCGGUCGCCCCUGUAGUAGGAUAGCCAUUGGGGUAUCAUCGCCCUCCGCCGCCUUCGCCGCCGCGCCACGCGCGACUGCCACCGCGCCACCACCGUCAUCGUCGACACCUUUGCCACUGCCAUUCCCCCUAGCCCGUUAAACGCCUUUAUAUUGACCGUUUUCCUCGGGCUGCGGGGGGAGGGGGGGAGGAGGGGGGUUGUGCUUGAUCUCUUGUGUACACGGGGCUCCAAUAAACGUCAGAUGUGGUCUAUUGCCAGGCGGGAGAGCGGAUGCGCUCGGGUGGUCUUAUUUUGUUUGCGUCUUUUCCCCCUUCCCAAUGGCUCCCCUCUUGUGAGGAGAUCCGUCCGGCCAUCCCCUGGGGUACUUUUUUUUUCUGCAGGGGGGGGGGGGGGAGUCAAGGCA